GUAUUUAACAUCUAUAUGGCUGGUAGACAUUUGUGUUCCAGAAGAUACAGAGAAUUUGAUACAUUACAUGCCAACUUGAAAAGAGAAUUUCCAGACUUCAAUUUUCCAAGACUGCCAGGCAAAAAACUUUUUACAUUAUCAGAGCAACAGUUAGACCAGAGAAGACGGGGUUUGGAAUUAUAUCUUGAAAAAGUUUGUGCUGUCAGAGUAAUUGGUGAAAGUGAAACAAUGCAAGAGUUUCUUGCUGCAGGGGACUUGGAUGAGGCUGAUGGUAGCAGUGAGGUAGAGCUGAAAAUCCUAUUGCCAGACAAAAACCUAUGUAUUGUGUCUGUAUGUAGAUCAGAUAAUGCAGAUGCAGUAUUUAAGGCGGUUGUGUCCAAGCUUCACUUAGAGGAUGUUGCAGAUUAUUUUUAUUUAUUUGAAACUGUUGAAUACAAUUUUGAGCGCAAGUUGUUGCCGCAAGAACUUCCUCACAACAUUUACAUCCAGAAUUACAGCACUGCCACUGCUACCUGCAUCCUGCUAAAAAAAUGGCUAUUCACCAUUUCACGGGAAAUGAUGCUCACCUCAAACGCUGCUGCCUUGAAAUAUUUAUUUUGGCAGGCUGUUGAUGAUGUGAAUAAAGGAAUUGUUAAAACAGGGGAUAAGCUUUAUGAACUCAAAGCACUGAGGGAAGCAGAAAACGCUUUGGAGUAUCUAAAAACAGUACGCUAUUUGGAGGGCUUUUCUGAAGUUGUUUUUCCACACUGUGCAUGUGACUCAAGGCGCGAUGGGCAUGUUGUGGCAAUAAUUGGCAUCGAAGCAUUCAAGCUUCAAGCAUGUAAGGAAGAUGGUACUCCAGAGGCUCAGGUUAUUGAAUUCAACUGGAAAGAUGUCAAAUCAUACCAAGUUGAUGAAGAGGGAAUGUCUUUCAAUUUUGAAUAUAAUCGACAGGGGAAAAAGCCUCGACUAGUCAAAAUAUUUACACCAUAUUUUAAUUUCAUGAAUGACUGCUUCGAUAGAAUAUAUGAUGAACAGCAGUGGGAAACAUAA